UUGUUCUCACCUGCCCUUUGCUCUCCUUGCGCAUAUUAGUUAGCUUUUUGUUUCCAAAUUGUCUUUUACAAUUUCCUAUAUAUAUGUGUUUUUAUCUUUCAUAUUUAUCAUAUUCUUAUCUCACCUCUUCAUUCUUCACUCCAAACCAUCCCCUUUCUAUUCCUCCUUCCUUUGUCCACUCUUCUCUCUAUUUCUGCUUUUCUCUAGUGCAAGGGGUAUCUGAGAUGGCAGAUUGCAACAGAAACCAAGAUUUUUACGCUUCUGAAGAGCUUGAGGGAUCAUCCAUGACCAAGAAAUAUGGAGGACUUGUACCCAAGAAGAAGCCCUUGAUUUCGAAGGACCAUGAACGUGCCUUCUUUGAUUCAGCAGACUGGGCAUUAUGGAAGCAAGGAGCAGGAGUGAAUCAGAAACCUACUGUGGCCAUAGAAACAUUGCGACCAAAAUUGCAGAGAACACCUCACCAGCAACUCCCUCCCAGAAGACCGGCUUGUACAUCUGGUACUCAUGAGAGUUAGUUUGCUUGGAGUAUAGAAACAGGGAGAUUCACUGGUGUGGAGAGCUUUUGUAAUCAUGAAAAUUGUAGAAACUGUGCACAGUGGAGUUGGACUUUUGGAUGUUGAUCAGUUAUUAAUAAAGAAGCCUUCAUUACUGGA